GAGGAUGCUUGAAACUGGGGGACGGAGAAAGACAGACAUGGGCUGUGGAGCGCUCUGCCCUCCAGUGUCCGAGCUUCAGGAGGAGGGGAUAAACGCCAUCAACCUUCCUCUCAGCCCCUCCCACUAUGAGCUGGACCCCGAGGACACCAUGCUGGAGGAGAACGAAGUGCGCACCAUGGUGGACCCCAACUCCAAGAAUGACCGCAAACUGCAGGAGCUCAUGAAGGUGUUGAUCGACUGGAUCAACGAUGUUCUGGUGGGGGAGAGGAUCAUUGUGAAGGAUCUGGCUGAAGAUCUGUACGAUGGGCAGGUGCUGCAGAAACUAUUCGAGAAGCUGGAAGGAGAGAAACUGAACGUGGCCGAGGUGACCCAGUCGGAGAUCGCUCAGAAACAGAAGCUGCAGACGGUGUUGGAGCGCAUCAACGACUCCCUCAAACUCUCCACCAGGAGCAUCCGCUGGAAUGUGGACUCGGUUCAUGCUAAGAGUAUCGUUGCCAUCCUGCACCUCCUGGUGGCGCUGUCUCAGCACUUCAGAGCUCCAAUCAGACUGCCUGACCACGUUUCCAUUCAAGUAGUGGUUGUCCAGAAAAGAGAGGGCAUCCUUCAGUCCAGGCAAAUUCAAGAGGAGAUCACUGGCAACACAGAGUUCGUGUUUGUCCUAACAGCCUCUCUCUCCCUGCAGGUCCACAAUGUGUCCUUCUCCUUUGAGCUGAUGCAGGAUGGAGGUCUGGAGAGACCAAAACCCCGGCCAGAGGAUAUAGUGAACUGCGACCUUAAGUCCACACUGCGCGUCCUCUAUAACCUCUUCACCAGGUACAGGAACGUGGACUGAGCCAAGCGUGGAAACAUUAUUUUAUGGACCACAUGUUUUUCUUCCUUUUGGUUGUAUCUUCAUUUAUCUGAAAGCAUACCGUAUAUCACAUUCCUUGUUCCAUCAUUUACCACACAAAUCUGUAUUUUUUUAAUAUAUCCUUGAAAGACACAAAAUGCAUGACUUUAUAUUGUAAAUUGGAAAAUGCUUUACAGUCCCAGACAUCUACAUACGAUUUUUGAAGUCAUAAAUAAUUCUGUACGGAUUUUUGUCGCCCUGCAUUGAUAUCAUGAAAGGGAGAUUUAAAGAUAAGCAUUUUUUAAUUCAGAAAAGAAAAGGUUUAACUGUAUUUAUUGUACAUUUUUGAUACACCUGUUUAGUCUUACUUAUCCAUGUUUGCAUCUCUGCUCUUGUUUAUGUCAUUAAUAAGUGCCUUUUAUUUUAAACACGUGAACACUACAGCAUGCACUGCAUUGCUCCACUGUUGUCUUAACGUUCCAGAUUUAUUUUGCAUGUGUGGAGUGAUAUUUCAAAUAUUUGACCAAAGCUCUGUUGUCCUCACUGUAAAACACAAAGGCUUUACUCCACAGGCAAUCUCUGUCUUGUGUAUGAUUAAAGUCAACAUUCUAUUAUCA